GUCCUGUACAGAGGCAGCAGGCCACCAGAGGUCCACUCACACUCAUUAGUACGCUAGUAUGCUGCACGGGAUGUAGUCAGGAAGCACAUGAUCAUCGGUGUUGACAUGCAGCGCAGUGCCACGACAGAGCAUGUAGACUAACAGAAUUGCGGGCUUUUAACUUUGACGGUUUGAUUAAUUAUAUUAGUGACUCACAGACUCACAGGAUCUGCGUCAAUCUGAGGAUCUGAGGAUUUAGCCUGAGCCAGCUCUGCUUUAUUCUCUGGAUUGAGGAUCUGCCUGGCUGUGUUUUCACCAAGCGAACAAGGCAAUUGCAUAGAAAAAGAAAGAAAGUAGUGUUGUGUGUUUAAAGGCCAGCAGGAAUCACAGAUGUAUAGCUAGAUGAUCUCCACCUCAUCGCCAUGGGGGUCAUCGAGGAGAGCGAUGUGGAGCAGGUGACCCUGGCUCUGCUGGAUGCAGCUAAUGAUAAGGAUGUGGGUGUACAGGAGCAGGUUCGGAAGUCCAUCCUUACGCUGGGGAACCAGCAGCCAGAUAAAGUGCUGUCCAUGUGCCAGGACUACCUGCUUAAACACUCCAAGCUGGUGGCAGGGCACAGAGUGGUGGUUCUGCAGACCAUAGAGCUGGUGGUAAAAAGCAAGAUUGAAGACAUCAGUUACCCUAAAAUAAAGACCACAAUUUCACUGGCCUCAGAUGAAAUGACCAGGUCUAAGGAAGUCGUCCCUGACUGGCAGCAGACAGCGAGUAAUAUUUUGGUUGCUGUAGGGAACAAGUAUAUCAACGAAAUCAUGGAGGACAUCCUCGGCAAGUUCCAGCCGGGGGUUCUACCUCAUUACUUCGUGGUCCAAACAUUAGCCAGUCUCUCAGACUCCAAUGUUUAUGGCAUGGUGCCGUUCCUCAGUGCUAUCUUGGGUACCAUGUUGCCUAUGUUAGGACUGGCCAAGCAAGACAACAUGAAGUGGGUUUUCUCCUCUGCUCUUUCACGCUUCAGCGAGAGCAUUCUGGAGUACCUGGCCAACUUGGACAAAGCGCCGGACCCCACUGUACGCAAGGAUACAUUCUCCAGUGAAAUCUACGCCGCCUAUGACAUCCUCUUCAACAGCUGGCUACAAAGCAGAGAUGCCAAGUUGCGUCUGACUGUAGCUGAGGCUCUGGGGUUGAUGAGUCACUUGAUGGCCCAUGACAAGUUGGAGGAGCAGCUUCCCAAACUCCUCCCUGCAAUACUUAGCUUGUACAAGAAGAACCCCGAGCACUACAUCAUCAGCAAGAGCCUUUGUCAGGUCCUGGAGGCCUCUGUGAACAUGGGCAGCAGGGUGCUCGAGACUCAGAUGGAGAGCCUUCUAGUUGCUCUGCACCAACAGGUGUGUUCACCUGUGGACUAUAAUAAUCCUCCAACUGUGAAAAACCACAAUGAAGUUCUGCGAUGCUUCACCAUCCUUGCCAACACAUUCCCAGACCGACUGAUGGUGUUUGUCGUGCAGAGACUGGAAAACAAUAAUGAGAGAAACAGAAUGGGCUCCCUGGCUGUACUCAGACACCUCAUCAACUCAACAACUUCCAUAAUGGAAAACAAGAAGCUUCUUAUUCUUGCCAGUAUGAGACAGCCUCUAGCCGACCACAGCAAUAAGGUAAAGAAGAGAGUUGUGCAGGUCAUCAGCGCGAUGGCUCACCAUGGCUACCUGGAGCUGGAGGGAGGAGACAUGCUUGUGCGCUUUAUCAUUCAGCACUGCGCUCUGUCUGACACUUACCAUCGGGGACAACGUCCCGUAGAUCCAGAGGAGGUGACUAACGAGGCACUGAGAAGCAUGUGUGAUAACACACUCCAUCUCUUCACCACGACUGUGGGCCGCCUGACUGAUGUGCUGUGGCCGAUGCUGCUGUGCUACCUGACCCCGAGUCAGUACUUCAAUGCCACCACACCUCUCUGCAAGAGCCUUAUUCUGCUGGCCAAUAAGAAGCGAUCAGCCCAGGAACCCAAUUUCAACAUCAACUUCAGUGCACCAGGUUCCAAUCUUCCCUCUCCGUAUAUACUGCUGAUAAGGCUUCUGGUGAAUGCCUCUUUCCCCUUCUCAUAUCGAGGUCAUGGUGCUCCCUCUCUGAGUCUUCUGAAUGCCAUCAGUCCCAACAUUAACCCUAAAGUAGAAGCACUAUGGGAAAGCGAGAUCCCAAGACUCCUUAGCUAUCUGGAAGAAUCCACACCAGAAACAUUUGACAGAAAGAAAUGGGAAGACAGCCUCCUUCGGUUCCUGUCUAAAAGUCUGGUAGAAAUUGAUGAUGGCCAGUGGAGCUGUCAGCUGGUGGUUGAGGCAACCCGAUAUCUCCCAACCUACAACCAUUCUUUGGAGGAGAAGAGCUUCCUGUAUAAGUGCAUCGGUGUGGCUCUGCAGCAGUCCUCCAAUAAGGAGCUGGUGAAAAAACAGCUCCAGGAGAUCCUGAUCAGCACUCGCCAUAACGACGCCACCGAGAGAGCGGGAGUAGCGAUGGCUGUGGGGCUAUGUGCCAGCAGUCAUUUGGAUGGCACUCUGGCCAAGCUUGACGAGUUUGGGAAAUCUGAUGCCUUCAAGAAAGCCUCCGGGAUAUUCAGCUUGCUCAAAGAUAAGAAUGAUGUGGAUGUAGAGAAGAUGAAGAGCACUUUGAUUUUGUGUUAUGGCUACGUGGCCCUGAAUGCUCCAGAGGACCAGCUUCUCAUUCGUCUCGACAAUGACAUACUCCGCAACAUUAGCAAGCUCUUUAACACCAAGGUUCUUGGAAUUAAAGUAGAGACCAAGGAUCUGACCAUGAAGCUGAGUCUAAUUCAAAGUAUUGGCCUAAUUGCAAAAGCCAUUAAUUCCUGCAUUCACAAGCAGGGAUACGUCUUCACCCGCAAGCAGGAACUCAUGGGAAUAAUGAUGGAUUUCAUCAAGGCGGAGCCAGUCGAUGCCAUGCGUACUCCAGUGCGCCACCUUGUUAUGACCACAUGUGCCAACCUCAAUACUUUGGAUCCACCACUGGCUGAAAAUGAAAACUUUGAAAUGCUAAAAGCAUGUAUAAAUGGGGUAUUUGGGCUUCCUACAUUAGAAAUGGUGGAAAAAGCCAAAGAUGAAGAGGUUCUUGACCCCCAGGAACGAGAGGCCUUAUAUGCAUACACCUUCAGUGCCCUUCAUGAACUGCUGUGCAGUGUUCUGGCCAGAGAUUUAAGUCCAGAUGGUAUUCAGACUAUAUUCAAGCAUAUAGACAGCUGGUUGAGCUCCAAACAGGAUCAUGAGCGUGAGAGAGCAGUGAGGACUACAGCCGAGAUGCUGCACUUCUACCUGGACAGUCUCAGUGUUAAGACCUUAGUGUCAUUCCAUAACCUUGGAGCUUUGUUGGGGCGUUUGGCCCCACGCUGUACGGACCCCAAUGCUGCGGUGCGUAGGGCUGCCAUAGACUGCAUUUACUCACUUUUACACAUUCAGCUGCGCUAUGAAGGCUUUUCACUGGACUACAAAGAUGACUCUGUUGAAAGUCUAUUAACAUUGCGAGAGAAACUGAAUGACCCUGACCCCUCGGUCCUCUAUAAAACCUGCUCUGAACUCACUAAGAUCAUCAGUAAACGUCUGCCUCAGCAGCAGCUAAACACACUGAUCUUCAUGCUGUUUGAAGGUUUGGUGGACUCCCAGUCCAAUUGCUCCAGAGCCUCCAGUGUCAUUCUGAACACACUGCUCAAAAACAGAGGGGCAAUGCUGCAAGACCUGGUGCCAGAGAUGUUGGAGGUGCUGCACAUUCGGCUGCAGGUCAUCUCUGAAGAGCAGGUGAAGGUUGCAGUCGCCCAGUCAAUCCUGAUUCUCGCCACACAGCACCUGCAGACUGUCAUAAACACACUCAUUUCAUAUCCUCUUCCCUUCGACAGUUGGAGCAGUGAGAUGUGGAUCGCUCUGGGAGCUGACAGCACUGUAGCCCGGCAGAUCAUGGAGAUGAUCAUGGAGAAGUUGAACGUCAUUGUACCCUAUGUGGAUAAGAAGGAGUCCAUACUGAAACCAGGCAUGACCAAGGUGGCCACCAAUCAACCGUUAGCGAUGACAUGUGCCCUGCGUGAGAUGAUGCUGAAUGGACACACUGAGGAAGCUGUGGUCAGUCUGUUCCCACAGCUGUUCAGUGCCCUGCUGGUGCGCAUGGGCUCCAGUGUUGGGGUUCAGCUGCCCAAAGACAUUAACAGCAACAGUAUCAGAGCAGAAAGCAAAAGCUCCAGCAAAAGCACCAUCACCAACUUUGAUGUCUGUGGUACAGCAGUUGAAGCCUUGCGCAUCCUACUGGCUCGAGCUCAUCUGGACGUUGUAGUAAAUGUGCUAGACCAGGACGCAGUGUGGGAUAAGAUGAAGGACCCUCAGCAGCAUACAACGGGGGUCUCUCUUCUCUCAAGAGCGAUGGCGAAGCAUGCAGGUCCACGAAUCCCAGCUAUAGUGGAGAGCCUGUGUCCAUCCCUCAAAAACAUCUAUGAGUGCCAGAGAAUUACAGUCACAGCUUUCUUCUCUGAGCUGCUUAACCACCAUGUGGUGACCGAGUUGAUGAUGAUUGAUGUAUUGAUGAACAACAUGAUGGAGAGGAUUUCAGACCCAUGUUGUACUGUCCGUAUGCUGGCCAUCAGAGGCCUGGGGAACAUCGCCGUUGGCUCACCAGAGAAGGUGAAUAAAUAUGCUAAGGAGCUGUUGGCAGCCAUGAGUUCAGGGAUGGAAGAGAAGGACGACCCAGGGAAACUCAUCACUCUUGAGGCUAUGUCUGGCAUGUCCAAGGUGUUGCUCUACCUGGAUGAGAAGAAUGUCCACAUGCUGGUAGUUUACAUCUUCAUGAAGAUUAAACCCUUCCUGGAGAAUGAGAAUGAUGAGAUCCGCUGUGCUUCCAUAAUGCUCUUGGGGAACCUGUCGAGGUUCGGCUCAGGGGAACCUGUCUUUAAAGAUCAGAUUCAUAACGUGUUGGUCAGUCUGCUCCUUCACCUUAGUGACCCAAGUGCACGGGUCGUCAAGGCAUGUAAAUAUGCCAUGCGUGUGUGCGCUCCUGUCUUGGGUUCCGAACAGAUCACCAACAUGUUUCAGACACAUCUACAUGAAGAGAAGAGCCUUCACUAUGGCGAGUUCAUCAACGACCUUGUCAAGUACCUAAUUCAAGACUUCCCAGGAAUGCUUAAUUUCUACCAUGUCACGGUCAUUCAGUUCUUCAAGAGCAACUGGGCAGAGAUUCGAGCAAGUGCUGCUAUGUUCAUAGGGUUUCUACUGGGAAAUUUGCCUGAGGAGCACUUCUCCCAUAUGAACAUGGGGAUAGUGACUAAGGCGUUAGUCAUGCUGCUACAGGAUCCAGAUCCUCUGGUACGAGCAAAGGCAGCAGAAGCCAUGGGGCACUUUCACUGAGCAAUCACUCACCUGAACUUAGCCCAUUAUUGUUGGUUGGAAAAGGUUGACAGCCUAUAUGUUGUACUUGAAUUAUCCUUUUUAGUGACCAAAGACUGUGCACUACUUAUAGAAAGUAAAGAUAAAUAGAAGCUCUGUAAUGUCAGGCAAGAGGCUUGGAGAACUUUGACAGGUAUAAAUAUAGUAGUAAUUCUGUGUUGUGUCCCUACUCAUCUGUAAUAGUUUGUAUAAAGCUACCAGAAUCCCUUUAAAUAUUGGACAUCUAGAGAUUAGAUUUCAAAUAAUUUGAAUUUAGUAUCCAUCCUACACAUUGUGUAUAAUUGCUGUUGACUGAGCUGACAGAAUACACCCACUGUUUCUAUUCUCUUUUGGUAAUGGUUUAUUUUGGUAGGCUGAUGAUGUGUCCUCACUAAAACACAGCAAUAAGUUAUAGGGUGCAAGAAGCUAUUGUUCUCCACAGUGACAGUUAGGAGUAGUGCGCUGAGCAAACGAGCUAGCCUUUUCUAGCAUAAAGCAUUUGAGAUAGCAAAAUGCUACAAGUUCAUCUACUGAGGUGAACAUAUUUGUGUUGUGCUUGCUCUAGACCCCAGGCAGAACAUGUAGACAAACUUGACAAAGUCAUGCCAUAACAGUGCCAAAAUCCUAGAACUGUGUAACAUACAGUGUUGUAAACUGAGACAACAGUGAACAUGUCAUACUCAUUUUUAAUGCAAUUCAGCUGCUGCCAGUGGAAUCUCAGUAGUAUUUUCAUAUUGGACAAUGAGAUGCUUAAUUAAUACAAUUGUUGAUAACUCCAUAAAUUAAUACAACUGAUAAAUGUAGUGCAGUGAAGCAGGUUUUGUGAUUUCCAUGUGAAUGUUAUAAUUAUCAUGAUUUGUUUUUUGUUUUUUUAUACAUGGUCCUUAUUAAUCCAGUUUGUUAUUAAAACAAAUUAAAACUGAAAGAUGGAUAGCUUCUUGUGAAAUUCAUACUAUCCAAACAAGAACUCUAAACUCAACUUAACUCAGUUGAAAUAAUGAACUGGACUCCUUAGACUGCCACUUUCUGACAGUACAGUCCUGUUGAUUUGAGUCCAGAUUUGUUGGUAAUUGCUUUGGUGAUUGUGACAUUCACAUCUUUCUGAACUUUGCCCUGUUUAUUUUUUGAGAAACUUUUUUAUGGAUGAUCAUGGAAUGUGGGCUGAUUCAUUAAAGUUGUUGAAAGCACA